AUGAUACAAAAACAAGAACGAGAACAAAACGUCGAAUUUCCUCUUGAUACAGCCAAGACAAUGUCCGUGUCUGCUGAUAUUCCCAUCAUAGACCUCUCGGGCCCCCAGGACGAUGUAGCCCGUCAGCUCGUCGACGCCGCGGAGAAGCACGGUUUCAUCUACAUCAGGAACCUGGGCAAGGACAUUGGGCCGGACGCCAUUGACGAGGCUUUUGAGCUGUCAGAAAAGAUCUUUGAUUCCCCCCUCGAGGAAAAGCAGAGAUGCACCAUCCAGACCAACAACCGCGGGUGGUCAGCCAUGCACUCGGAGACGUUGGAUCCCAGCAGCCAAAAGGUCGGCGACUAUAAAGAGGCCUUCAACUUUGGCGAGUUCAUCGACGGCAAAGCCCAGCAGCCCCUCCCGUCACCCGUCGCGCCCUACGAGCCACGCUUCAACCUAUUCUCCGACCUAUGUCACGAUCUCUCGCGCAGGAUCCUCCAUCUUCUGGGUCUAGGCCUAGGUGUAAGCUCUUCCCUUCUUCUCUGCUCCCCUAAAAGGAUCCUCACCGACCACGUCAAGCAGAUCGACGACUUCUUCUCCUCAGCACACCAGACCUCCAGCGGCGCAUCCAGCUCCAUCCUCCGCUUCCUUCGGUACCCACCCACCACGUCGACGUCUCACUCGCCCGGCGACGUACGCGCAGGCGCCCACUCGGACUACGGAUCCAUAACGCUGCUCUUCCGCCUCCGGGGCCAGGCAGGGCUCGAGAUCCUCAAGGGUGACAACAUCACCUGGGCCCCCGUGCCCGUGUCGCCUCCGGGGACGGAGAACGACCCUUCCCCCCCUAUCCUCGUCAAUAUUGGCGAUCUGCUCUCCUACUGGACAAACGGGCUCUUCAGGAGCACCGUGCACCGCGUCGUCUUCGAUCAGGACUCGGCUGCCGUGGCCGGCGACGCCGUGGCCUCCACGCCCAGGUACUCCAUUGCCUUCUUCUGCCACCCCGCUGGGUCUACGACGCUCGGGACCGUCCCCAGCGAGCGUGUGAGGAGCUUCAACCCCGCUGAGGGGACGGCGAGUGCCAACCCUUAUGCUGAGAGGAAGGUCUUGACGGCCGAUGAGCACCUGCACAUGAGGCUCAAGGCUAGCUAUGGUGCGCUGUAUGACGACGACAAGUCGUGA